AUGGAUAGUUUUGCUAAACCUGCUCGACUUCUUUAUUGUCAUGUUCACCGUUCAAUCAAGCCUUUCUCUGGCGUUACACCACCUCAUGUUCCUGGAUUUCGUUUGGAUUCAACGAAUCUGAUCCUGACUUCCAUCAAGGGCGCCAUGCGCUAUCCCGAUUUCCUCACCAGCACCCAGCUUCCUUUGUUGUGUUUCGUUCUGGGCCAGCUUCGAAGCACCGAACUUGCAGCAGGCAUGUUGGAUCUGUCGGCUGGAAGAAUAAAAUCACGUUCUGUUGGUCUAGAACUCGCCUUGGUUGAAUGGAUCGUGGAUAUUAUGGAGCUUACAGAAUCCACCGAUGACCGCCGCUGGGUCCGGACUAUUUUUGAACAUUUAAUUAGCCUGGUGAUUACAUUCAUGUUAAGCAGUACGAUUCGAUUCAACGAGAUUGUGGUGAAGUUGAAUUCUAGGCUUGAAGGAAGAAUCUGGACGCGAUCAAGUCGACACAUCAUGUGGUUCGUACUGAACGCGACAUCGGGCUUUAUCGGAAAGAACAUGUUGACGGAUUUCGUUCCUUGUCUUCGAUUGUUCGACAUACUCUUCCCGGAGGCUGAGGACCCCGACCGUGCAAUUGAGCUACAAACAGGGGUUUGCGGCAAAUUCUGUGCGCAGCGAUCGACGGACCAAGAUGCACACUCCGGCAGUGCCUUUGGUUGUGCGGGAGAUAUCGAGCAGACCGAUAUGACGGACGACAGUAUGCAGGUACCGAAAGUGGAAUGCCCAGAGCUUCUUUCGAGUGCGGCAGCGUUACCUCUUGUGCACGACGAAGAUAGUAACACAGUGUUGGAGUCGAAAGACGAUGAAACAGAAGAGGAGGUCUGUUUAACGACCACAUCUGCGGAAGAUUCGGAGGACGAGAGUUCUUUAAGCAUAGUUCCUCCCAAUUGUCACCAUUCCACCAUUUGCCGCCGACGCCAGAGCCGAUUCAUGUACUUAACAACUGCUUCGGUCUGUUUGUGGCAGCAUGUCUUGCGCAAAAGCCGUACUGGAUACGAUCAUCUGCCUCGUGUGAUGCCACCUGCGUUGAGGCCCAUGGAGGCUCGCAUUGCUUAUCGAAUGCGCAGCCUGACCGAUGCUGUUCGUACGUUGAAUUCACCUGAGCAUACUUCUUCCAUCGCCUCGCAGCUUACCUGGAGACAGUUUGUCGUAGUCCUUAAUGCUUAUAGUACCGAUAAUGAAGCCGGCCAGCUUAUUCAGCAACUGGUUGACUUAUUUUGGUUGGGCACACCGGAAGACGAUACUCCUGAUGCGUCUCCUGAGUACGGACGGUUAUGGCACAAGCUCAUGCACAACGGGACUGUCCCCUUACCGUACGGGUUGGUCGCCCAAGGUAGACUUCAGCCUCUAUCAAAUCACCUGAUUCGCACCAUGUCGGUUCAUUUGCGCAUGCUGGUGCUGCACCUAUUUUUACAGAAGAUCAGUUCACUACCAUUCUCUGAGCAACUUACCACUCCUGGCGUGAUGGAGACGCUUUGCCGCCUAUUGGCCUGUCGUGAGGUGGAACCUAGCAACGUCAGUCGGAUUCUGAAUCUUUUACCUAAGCUUCAGCCCAUGCACCCCCCGAAUGGUUGGGAUGUGCCUGAACAUUCUCCUAGCGCCACUCUGGAGCAGUGUUCCCCACCUGCGAGUUAUUUACUCAGCACGCUUUUGGAUACGCUUGGGCACCGGCUGGCUGACACUUUGCUACCAGAGUUGCAAGUGCAAACCUUGGUGGCGAUGGUGAAUUUGCUUCGUCUCUGGACAGCUUGGUCCACUUUGCAUCCACCGUCCGAUUCCGACGAGACCCGAACUGGAAGCGAUGGCCGGACUUGUAGUACCGACAUCCCAUUAGAUCUGAUGCAUACGCUAGAGUGGACUGUCAUUAAGCUUAUUCGGAACCUUCAAUCGCCUGACUGCGUUCUUUACGGUUUAUGCUCAUCAAUCUCUCCAGCCUGCUUGGCCCAAGCUCAAGCUCAGGCGUCUUCUGCUAGCAGCUCCUCAAAUUCGGCCGCUUAUGUACCACCAAAUUCUGCGCCUUCUUCUGGCGCAUCAUCAAAUCCACCAAGAGCACGGCCUUCUCAGCCAAGUGCACCCGAUGGCUCGGCGUCCACGUCAACAUCCUGUGACGCUCCGUCCACUAAUGCUGUGGUGUUACCCGCGCCUUUUCCCGCGUAUCCGUUCCUGAUGACCGAGUGUUUGGAAUUGAAUCGCUUCAUACUGUUUAGUUUAUUACAGAUCUAUUACGCCUACGAUUUGGACGAAAUCAGUGCAAUGAAGGCGUUCCUGGUUGAGCAGAUCCGCACCAUGUGUGAGCGUUGUGGCCCACAUAGUCUGACAGAGUUGCCCCGUUUCAUCUUGAAUCGCUUACCCGAGUUCCUCAUGCAUAUUAUGCGCCAGCGUUCCAGUCCCUGCUUCACUGGAUCCAGCAUUUCUAUCUCGGCGGAGACAUCGGAGAGGCGGCAAAGCUUGGUAACUUUACCUCUUAUGGUUUUGGAUGAAUUCAAUCGUUUGACUGAUAACGGAACUACAUGGACUAUGAUCGCGGGACGUAGCAAUUUGCUUUUAUGUGUGGCACUUCGUUAUUCCGCUGUUCAUGGGAGCGUACCGAAAUCCAUCAUGAAUGUCAUUACCCGCAUGCCCAAUGCCCAAUUGAAUGCGGCUUUACGCGCAUUGUGUGAUUAUACUGUUGCAUGCGAGUGUGGCAUGCAAUCCUGCGACGAACUGAUGCUGCAGAACUGCGUUUCUGCGCUGUCAUCUCUUUGCGUCACUUACCGCGUUGUUCCUUUGGACCGUUUCAUACUAUUCCUGAUGACCCAUACGAACUAUCAAGGUGCACAGCUGAACGCUGUAAACCAAAUACUCGUUCAUCUUCUCACUCGCAGUGGCCCCUUGUUGGGUGCUAUUCAAUAUCUGAACGCUCGUUUCCCGAUUCCCAUGGAUUGCAGCAGCUCCCCUACAACUGGACGUCCAUCCCUGCAUCCUAACCCCGUGUCAAGUAGGACCUGGCCCGAAUGCGUUUUGCAUUUGCAUUCCAUCUUACCGGACCAAUAUUUCGUUGAUAACACCUCGAGGUCAAUGGGGAUGUCUGCCUCCCCCUCCCCAUCACAACCCCUUCCUAUCAUCUACGGACAUUUGUUACUUCGCCUGCUGCCCUUACUGGAGUCCGUUCUAUCCCAAUUUCUGGACUCCAAUCUACCAUUAUUACAGCUUAUUCCCUUCUGUCGAGAGAUCUCUCCGCUAUUCCGUUUUCACAGGCGACCGGUGAGUGUAUGCUAUGUUCUACUGCGCGAGCACUGGCACUUCACUCCUCUGGAUCCGGACGCUUUCAUUCUUCAUGAUGGAAUGCAUCCUAGUCCGUUGUCUGGCGACCGACGUUUCAACUGGUUCGUGGAUCGUUUGCGAGUGCAGAUCCUGGUACACUGUGUUCUCAAACAUCACCACGCUCUGGCGUCUGCUGUCUCCUGUAGGCACGCAGGCAAGCAGAAUGAGACUGACUCGUCCGCCGCGGGAUUGUUUACUCACAAAGGUUGGUCUCAGCUGCAGUUCACUGCCGAUACCUGUGAUCGAUUGCACCAGGACAUUUCCACUUUAGUGUCCAGCAACACGAUCACGGCACAUGACGCCGAAAUUCAGCUGAAAUCCCAGUUAUUCGAUUGGUUUAUCGCACGUCCCAACGGACCAGAUGUCGCGUGGGUCGAUUCCCUUCUAGUCCCGAUAAGAAGGAGCACUGUUUCUCACGGAAUUCACGGUCACCCAUCGGCGUGGCGCCCUUGGAACUUUGAGGAGAAUGUCAGUAUUCAGGCCGCCGGCCUAUAUGCGGGCGCUGUGGAGGUCAUGUGCUCGUUCUGUUCCCCUUCGGACUUUGUUUCAGCUUUGACUGAGUUUUUCUCCCAUCGUCAUGAGUUUAUGGAGGCUCUACCUUUUGAGGUUUUAGAAUGUAUAUUCAACUUUCUUCCGCUUUCCGAUCAAAAGUCUGCUUCACUAACUUGUCGCAAGUUUUAUGCAGUGGCUACUCAACCAAAGUUUCUAUCGAGACGCCGUUUUGUGCUCCGAGAGCCGAUCGAUCAGAUCCAGUUUCUUUUCACUUCUCAUGGAGUACUUGAAAGCCAUUGCUGCUGCUUUGCACCCGGUUGUUACUUAUGCGACGUUUCUAAUACACACGGUGACGCUCCUGCAAAAUCUGUGAACACACCGCAUUGGGCCCAGUUUAUUAGCCGUUUGUCGCUUGUUGAUACUCAGAUAACGGCUCCAGAUUUAUUCAGGCUACUUGGCCACUGCACUCAACUACAAAGUCUUGAUCUUUCGGGAUGCAGUUCUAUAUUCCACGACGGUGCUCAAGAUUUUGUUGUUUCACCCACACGUAAUGUGAGCACCUUACGAGGAAGUGUUGGGCGAAGUCUGCGUCAUCUGUCGCUAGCUCAUGUGACGAGUGUUACUGAUGUUUAUUUCCAACAGCUAAUGUCUCUUUUCCCUCGAAUCGAAGAUAUCGAUCUAAGCGGAUGCCCUAUUAAUUUUUCUCAUCUUCCACUUUUGACCUCGAGUUCUUCAUGUACAUAUCUUUCUUUCGGAACUCUUCUAAACGAGCUCAUUGUUUUGUUUCGGGACCAGGCUUUUGUUUCCAACAGAGCUAUCACUCUGCGCCUGAACUCUACGGAACUUGAUGAUAGCGCUUUGGGUGAGCUAGCCGCGGCUGACAGCGUCCGAUUCAGGGGAAUAUACAUAGACAACUGCCACAAGGUUACCGAUGACGGCGUAUUUAACUUCACGCAUUAUCAAGCGUCUUUUGGUUGUUUACAAGAAUUUUCAUUUUCAUUUCCUGGUCCCGAUAUAACCUCGAAGUCCUUGAUUAGAAUCCUUAAGUGUUUUUCCCCUACUCUUACUUAUCUCUGUCUCUCCAGGUGGCCAACCUCUGAUUAUUUGUCUUCCGCGUUCUCUUGUUGUCAUAAUCUUGAACAUCUCGAUUUGUCUUCUUGUUACGUUUAUUCACAAUUCCGCCUGAAUGGACUGUGGCGACAUUUCCAUUGCCUUACUAGUCUCAAUCUCUCUGCUCGACCCGAUCUCACUGAUGCGGAUAUUUUGGCAUUAUGUACUCAAUUGAGCAAUCGUAUUAAGUUUUUGGAUGUUAGUUUUUGUACCAGCUUAACGGACUUGGCUCUGGAAGCCAUAUGCUCAGGUUUUUCCGAAAGUUUACAAGUGUUGAUAGCGAACUGGUGCAAGGGAUUUUCGGAUAAUGGAAUGCUGGGGCGAUUGAACACGACCGAAGCACAGUUCACUGGGAUUUCGUCACUUCAUCGACUGGAGCAACUCAACUUAUGCGACUGCCCGCAGAUAACAGGCUGUUGCUUCUGGGAUGCUCACAGGCUUUUUGACCGUUCUUCCCACAACUUGACUUCACUACGGUUGGGCCGAGUCAGCGCACUUGAAAAUCGAGCUGUUCUCUCUCUGAUCGACGCGGCGCCAUCACUUCGUGUUCUUGAUAUCUCUCGGGCAGAAAUCGAUGACGACACGUUGGAUCGCGUCGCAUUUAAGCUCUCUAUGCAUCUGCGUCAACUCCAUUUGGCCGGAUGUGAACAGUUAACUGACGUUUCAUUGCGGUCUUUGGCUUUCCGAAUUCCCUCGUUACAAUUAUUGGAUGUGUCUUUUUGUCCACGCAUAUCUCGGAAUGCAUUAUCAGAGUUCCACAAAUGUAUGCCUCGUUUGAGGGAGUUAAAUGCAUUAUACACAGGCGCCAUGUCUCUAACAACUGUUCGGUGA